GAGGCGGAAGUAAGCGAAAGCGAAGGCGAAGAGGUAGAAGAAGAAGAAGAAGAGAGCGUGCAAGUAUAAGAGUAAGCCUGGAGGUGAUCGGGGCGAGGAGUAGGGACCGAUGAGCGCGGGGGGGGAUGGGGGCUCGGGGUUGGGCCCCCCUGAGCUGCCGGGGGCCCAGCCGACUGCCGCGACCCCCCCCAUCCUCGGGCAGCACCGGAACCCCCAAUCUGGCCAGGAUGGACAGCCAGCUACAGCGCUGUCGCAAACGGGCCAGACACUCGGGACCAACACCGGUGCCGCCAAAUCCGCAACCAAGAGGCCGGCUCGAAGGGGCGGUAAACCUCCGCCCGAUAGGCCUGUCAGGGCCCUUUUCUGUCUACCCCUCAAGAAUCCUGUGCGAAAAAUGUGCAUCGACGUCGUCGAAUGGAAACCUUUCGAGUGGCUUAUUCUCAUGACGAUAUUCGCGAACUGCGUUGCCCUGGCAGUCUACACACCAUACCCGUUCGGUGAUUCUAAUUUGACCAACCAAUAUUUGGAAAAAAUAGAGUAUAUAUUUCUUGUGAUUUUUACGGUCGAGUGCGUGAUGAAGAUCAUCGCUUACGGUUUCGUAGCUCAUCCUGGAGCUUACCUUCGAAACGGAUGGAACAUAUUAGAUUUCUCGAUAGUAGUCAUAGGAAUGGUGAGCACGGUGUUGUCGAUACUAAUGAAAGAAGGCUUCGACGUGAAAGCGCUGAGGGCUUUUCGAGUAUUACGACCCCUUAGGCUGGUUUCCGGAGUACCGAGUCUUCAAGUGGUCUUAAACUCUAUUUUGAGAGCGAUGAUACCCCUUCUACAUAUCGCUCUGCUCGUUCUAUUCGUCAUCAUUAUUUACGCUAUCAUUGGCCUCGAGCUGUUCUCUGGCAAAAUGCAUAAAACAUGCAGGCAUAAUGUGACUGACGCGAUAAUGGAAGAGCCAGUUCCUUGCGGAGACGGCGGCUUUCAGUGCGACAACGUUGGGCCCGACUACUAUUGUAGCAAACAAUUUUGGGAGGGUCCAAACUGGGGUAUCACGAAUUUCGACAACUUUGGCCUCGCCAUGUUGACGGUCUUCCAGUGUGUCACGCUCGAGGGUUGGACGGACGUACUUUAUAGCAUCGAAGACGCGAUGGGAAGCUCGUGGCAAUGGAUCUAUUUCAUUUCUAUGGUCAUACUUGGAGCUUUCUUCGUGAUGAACCUGAUUCUCGGUGUGCUGUCCGGCGAGUUCUCUAAAGAGAGAGAGAAAGCAAAGGCGAGGGGUGACUUCCACAAACUCAGGGAGAAGCAACAAAUCGAGGACGAUCUGAGGGGUUAUCUGGAUUGGAUCACGCAGGCGGAGGACAUCGAGCCGGAAACCGACGAGCCGAAAAUGCAAGACGGCAAAUCGAAACAGCAAAGCGAGAUGGAGAGCACGGAUCAGCUGGAGGGUGACGAGGAAGGAGUUCAACAAGAAUCCGUGUGGAGGAGAAAAAAGCGGGACUUUGAUAGAGUGAACAGGAGAAUGAGAAGGGCCUGUAGAAAAGCCGUCAAGUCGCAGGUUUUCUACUGGUUGAUCAUAGUAUUGGUUUUCCUGAACACCGGAGUUCUGGCGACCGAACACUACAAUCAACCGCAUUGGUUGGAUGAUUUUCAAGAGAUUACGAACAUGUUUUUUAUCGCGCUGUUCUCCAUGGAGAUGAUGCUGAAGAUGUACAGUUUAGGAUUUCAAGGUUACUUUGUCUCGCUGUUUAAUCGAUUCGAUUGCUUCGUGGUGAUCGGCUCGAUCACCGAGAUGAUCCUUACGAACACACAGGUGAUGCCACCCUUAGGCGUCUCCGUUCUCCGUUGCGUCCGAUUACUCAGGGUAUUCAAAGUGACAAAAUAUUGGAAGUCGCUGUCGAAUUUAGUGGCUUCUCUGUUGAAUUCGAUACAGUCGAUCGCGUCUCUGUUGCUUCUACUCUUCCUCUUUAUCGUGAUCUUUGCUCUUCUCGGCAUGCAGGUAUUUGGUGGAAAGUUCAAUUUUAGCGAGUUACAGGACAAACCUCGUCACAAUUUCGACAGUUUCUGGCAAAGUUUGUUGACGGUGUUUCAAAUAUUGACAGGCGAGGAUUGGAACGCCGUAAUGUACGAUGGUAUCAGAGCUUACGGAGGCGUAGCCAGCUUCGGCAUGCUUGCCUGUUUUUAUUUCAUCAUUCUGUUUAUAUGCGGUAAUUAUAUUCUAUUGAACGUCUUCUUGGCCAUCGCUGUCGAUAACCUCGCGGAUGCCGAGUCAUUGACUGCCAUCGAAAAGGAAGCCGAAGAAGAGGCCAAGAAGAAUAAAUCUCACAGUGCCUCGCCAGCUAGGGACGAAGAGAGCGGGGAACAGGGUGACGGUGGCGAAGGAACAGGUGGAGAGGACGAAGGUGGUGGCACGGAUUUGGAACAUGAUCCGAACGAGACGAUGGAAGACUACGAGGCAGCUUUGGACACGGAAACGUCGGAAAAGAGCGAAGACAUGAAUACUCACGCGAAAGUACGGCUGAAUAUAGAAGAGUCCGACGAAGAGGUGGAGGAAGAAGAGGAAGUCGAACAAAACGAGAUGCACGACGACGGUACGGAACAAGGAGUGUCAGCCAGACCACGGAGAAUGUCCGAGUUCAAUAUGGCCACGAAAAGACAACCGAUUCCCCCUGCUUCGGCAUUUUUCAUUUUCUCACAAACGAACAGGAUUCGCGUCUUCUGUCAUUGGCUCUGCAAUCAUAGUUAUUUUGGCAACGUGAUUCUCGUGUGUAUCAUGAUAUCAUCGGCAAUGUUGGCCGCCGAAGAUCCACUGAGCGCUUCGUCUUAUAGAAAUCAGAUAUUACUGAAUUUCGACUAUUUUUUCACCACAGUGUUUACGAUCGAGAUUUGGUUGAAAAUGAUCUCGUACGGUUUUAUCAUACACGACGGCGCUUUCUGUCGAUCGGCGUUUAAUUUGCUCGACCUGUUGGUCGUUUGCUCUUCUCUAAUUUCUAUGUCUUUCAGUUCCGGUGCAUUUUCCGUAGUGAAGGUGCUUCGUGUGUUGCGCGUUCUCAGACCUCUGCGUGCCAUCAAUCGUGCCAAGGGAUUAAAGCACGUAGUACAGUGCGUCAUCGUAGCGGUAAAGACUAUCGGAAACAUAGUCCUCGUCACCAGCCUCCUGCAGUUCGUGUUCGCCGUCAUUGGCGUACAACUGUUCAAGGGUAAAUUUUUCUUAUGUACCGAUGCAUCGAAAAUGACGAAGGACGAGUGUCAGGGUACAUACCUCGAAUUUGAGAACGGUAACAUUAAUAAACCGGUGAUGAAGGAGAGAAGUUGGUACCAGAAUCGUUUCCAUUUCGACGACGUGGCGAAAGCGAUGCUCACGCUUUUUACCGUAUCAACGUUCGAAGGCUGGCCUUCAUUGCUAGACGUGUCGAUCGACUCUAACAAGGAGGAUCACGGACCAAUUCAUAAUUUUCGGCCGAUAGUCGCCGCGUACUACAUCAUUUACAUAAUUAUCAUAGCAUUCUUCAUGGUCAACAUCUUCGUUGGUUUCGUUAUUGUCACUUUCCAGAAUGAGGGUGAGCAAGAGUACAAAAACUGCGAGCUCGAUAAGAAUCAGCGGAAUUGCAUCGAGUUCGCGUUAAAAGCUAAACCAGUCCGACGAUACAUACCGAAGCAUCGAAUACAGUACAAAGUUUGGUGGUUCGUCACCUCACAACCGUUCGAGUAUACAAUUUUCACUCUGAUCAUGAUCAAUACCGUCACGCUGGCAAUGAAGUUCUACCGGCAACCGGAAAUCUACACGGAAGCGUUGGAUGUUCUCAACAUGAUCUUCACCGCGGUCUUUGCCCUCGAAUUCAUCUUCAAACUGGCGGCAUUUCGAUUUAAGAAUUACUUUGGCGAUGCUUGGAACGUGUUCGAUUUUAUCAUCGUCCUUGGAAGCUUCAUCGAUAUCGUUUACUCGGAAGUGAACCCCGGCUCGACCAUCAUUUCCAUCAACUUCUUUCGACUUUUCCGCGUGAUGCGAUUGGUCAAGUUGCUGAGCAGAGGGGAAGGUAUCAGAACGCUUCUCUGGACGUUUAUCAAAUCCUUUCAAGCUCUGCCCUACGUAGCCCUUCUCAUCAUAAUGUUGUUCUUCAUUUACGCUGUGAUAGGAAUGCAGGUAUUUGGAAAAAUUGCAAUCGACGACGACACGUCGAUAGACCGAAACAAUAACUUCCAGUCGUUUCCGCAAGCGGUGUUGGUAUUAUUUCGAUCGGCUACAGGAGAGGCUUGGCAAGAGAUUAUGAUGGACUGUUCGGCGCAACCGGGCAUAGUGAUGUGCGAUCCGAAUAGCGAUGAAUUCAACAACCAAAAUGGCUGUGGAUCCGACAUUGCAUUUCCCUACUUUAUAUCUUUCUACGUUUUGUGCUCUUUCCUCAUCAUCAAUCUCUUCGUCGCCGUGAUCAUGGACAAUUUCGAUUACUUGACGAGGGAUUGGUCGAUCCUGGGUCCGCAUCAUUUGGACGAGUUUAUUCGUCUCUGGUCCGAGUACGAUCCUGACGCGAAAGGUCGCAUCAAGCACCUGGACGUGGUCACACUGCUGAGAAAGAUAUCACCGCCUUUAGGUUUCGGUAAACUCUGCCCUCAUCGAGUCGCGUGCAAAAGGCUGGUCUCGAUGAACAUGCCGUUGAACAGCGACGGCACGGUUUUGUUCAACGCGACCCUGUUCGCCGUGGUGAGAACUUCCCUGCGAAUCAAAACCGAGGGGAACAUCGACGACGCGAACUCCGAGCUCAGAGAAGUGAUCAAGAAGAUCUGGAAAAGGACCAGCCCGAAACUGUUGGACCAAGUGGUACCACCGCCAGGAGGCGACGACGAAGUAACCGUUGGUAAAUUCUACGCGACCUUCCUGAUCCAGGACUACUUCCGAAGAUUCAAGAAGCGCAAGGAGCAAGAGAUGAAGGACGGCGAUAAAGAGUGUCACAACACGGUUACGCUUCAGGCCGGCCUGAGAACCUUGCACGAAGCUGGACCCGAGUUAAAGAGAGCCAUUUCUGGGAACUUGGAAGAACUUUUGGACGACAAUCCGGAGCCUAUGCACAGGAGGAAUCAUUCGCUGUUUGGAAGCGUGUGGUCGAGCAUGAGAAAGGGACAUCACAGUUUCAAUCGAGCUAGGUCGUUGAAAGUAAAUUCAACGACUAAGGCGUCUCCGACGAAUUCUAUCGAUUUCCUGCCGUACUCGUCGCUUCAGAGAACAGGCGGUCCCGACGCACCGAACCAAAUAACCGCGAGGUCUCAUCAAGUUGUGCCAAACGUAGCGGGUGGAUUAAGCGACAGCGCGAUGAAUCAAAUGGGAAUCGAUGCGAAGCUCACGGGCAUAGAGGAGAAUAUUCCUCUGAGACCGUUGGCCGGGUUCGGGAAUCCUGUCCAGCAACAAUCAACCACCUAUCAUCCCUCUUACAAAGUGGUCGAUGUUCAGGACGGAAUCGAGCGGCAGCUGACCCCACCAACGCCACCGCCAAGAAGGAACCCACCCUUGUCCGCCGAACCAGCCAUCGUACUACUAUCGUCUAGCAAGUCCGCCAGCGCAACGCCGUCGAUCGCAACGUGCACCAACACCUCGACUGCAACCACCAGCCCGAGUUCCAACGGCACCUCUUCCUCGAAUGGGACCCGCUGUUAUUAUUCCUACGCCACUCGGCCUUGCUGCGUCGAUUGUGCCGUCUGGAGUAAUCACGCAGCCAUAGAUCGCGAGGACGGAGAUUCGUCAGCGGGAAGCGAGUUCAGCGAGUCGGAAGGAUCCGAAGAAAUAGGAUCGGAUGAGGGAGAAGAGGUUGGAGCAGGAGGUGAAGGAGAUGAAGGAGGAGAGGGAGGAGGGUCAGGAGAGUCUAGCAGUUGGAGCGACUCGGAGAAAUUAGGACGUCGAGGAGGAUCCCUGAGGCAGGAGAUUGGCGUGGCGUCUCGGUCCCGGGCUCGUGGUCGACGCGGAUUGAGCUCGUUGGUCGGCAAAUCGGCGCCGUCGAGUUUCCGGAAACGCGACCCGAAUGGCGGUGGACAAUCGAGCAGCUCGACUACGUCCGCGAGUACCGGAUUCGCGCAAAGCGUCGCCAACGGGCUGAAACUCGCUCAGACACAGGCGAUCGCCGUUGCCGGAUUCCUCGCCGACGUCGACGAUUCGCGCCACGAUCGCGUCUGCGCCUCCUGUCUGUCGCAUCGAGCUUACCAAGGCAGAGUGUCCUGGGCCGGAGAGAGUAACGGAAGCAUCGGCGCAGAGCGCCUGUCCCACAGUUUGCCGGGCAGUCCUGCGGACCGGAAGCCUAACUUCGAGGUCAUCGGAAGCGCCGAGAGCCUAGUCGGUCGGGUUCUGGUGGAACAAGGACUGGGCAAGUAUUGCGACCCAGAGUUCGUCAGGUACACGUCGCGAGAGAUGCAAGAAGCGCUGGACAUGACGCGCGAAGAGAUGGAUCGCGCUGCUCAUCAGCUGCUUCUGCAAGAACGUCGAGGACAACCGCUUUCCUACCAGUUACAGCAAGGUGCGGAGCAACCGUGGACAUUACCGGGCUACCAACAGAUGCAACCGUCGACAGGUAUCGGCUAUCAACCGUUACAGGAGCAACAACCUACUACUGGUCCGCGACAGUACCGACCGUAUUAUCGAGGCGCCGGCGCCAGCCCCGGCACCGCUAGCGGUCAAGCGACACUCUCGGACCCAGCCACGCAACAACAGCAACCUCCGCCAUCUUAGCGACACGAGCACCACCAUCUUGUCGACCGUGUUCCUAGUUCGUUCAUCUAGCACCGAUCGCCGGAACGAGCUUCGCCCUCGCUGUUCCUCCGAGCAAAAGAUUCGGAGGAAACGCAGCGAGAAUAGAGGCUGACGCAAGCAAUAAAGCGACGAGAGCAACGAGCGGGUCGUUUUUUCGCGAGCGUUGUCGGAAGAGAAAAUUGUUCGCACGGUCCUCGAACGAAUGGCCGAAAUAUACGAGAGGAGACGAAGGAAAUUCGCUGGAAACGGAAGCGCGGACGAUUAAUCCUUACACAUUGCUCUCGUUCGUAUCGUAAACAUUUAUUCCUUCGAUUACCGUUGUUUAGAAUAAUUGAACUCAUUAUUAUUGCUCUUCGUACGACGGAUUCUAGACGAGAUAACAAGUGCCUAAGUAUCUGUAACUUCUUUCGGACCAGAGAAGACUUUUAUCAACUUAGACAAAGUACCAUUGUCGCGAAUUACCAAACAAGUUGCGUGUCGAGUGUGUACGCUAUUAUAUUGUAACUAUACAUAUAUAUAUUAUAUAUAUAUUAUAUAUAUAUAUUAUUGUUCGUAUAAUAUAACUGUACAUAUACGUUGAUGCGCGAGAAUGAAUGGCCGAUAAACGUAAAUGCCGCGAGUUUCGUUUCUACGUCCAAGUGUAUGCCUGAUCGGCCAAAAAAGCUCGCUCACCUAGCGAGUCGCUUUUCACGAUUAACCCUUUCGUUACGAACGAGUUCGAACUAAAAGUUUCCAACGAUUUUCGUAACGAACGAGUUGAUCGAGACGAUCGAACGAUGCUACUCUGGAUGCCGCAGCUAUUCCUACGUAUUCCUUCGGAACCAUGUAAGUACUUACUAUACGCGGGAUACGCUUGCUCGUAUUCUCUUCUACGUUUCUGUACUUUUCGCGAAUUUUCGUACGGUAUUACCUCUCUGAAAGACACGAGCUUAGCUCCUUGGCUCUUGAAGAGAAAGAUAUUCGUUUGUUGUCGCUAGCUAUACCUACAGCUUUUAGAAAACGACGCGAUACUCGAUCAGAAAGGUAGUACUCUACGUCGCGAUCUUUCCUAUCCUCGUCCCUUCCCUCCCACUUUCCUAUCCCCGUUUUAGACUGGAUUUUUACGAAUUGCGUCCCUAAGGAAAUUUCCAUUCGUAUAUUCUUGUAGCCGCGAGAGGAAUGCGUGCAAGUACGGAAGAGAGAAAGAGGAAGUGAGCGAGGAAACAUCACGCAUAUACGUAUGUACGUUCUUCUACGUAAGAAGGAAAUCACGAUUUCGGUCAGGAAUUUCGGUGGUAAUCGUUCCUUUCCACGCACAAAUUUUAUUCGCGACAGGAACGAGGAUGGCUCUGAUCGCGCAAUCUCACUUGUUCGAUCGUCACGCAUCGAAUGCGCGACAAGUGAUCGAAGAAAAGUGGAAGAUAUUCGAUUGCCCGAUUUUCUAAAUGUUCCCUUGUCGAUCGAAUUAGUUCAUUCAGCCCAAAUAGUGAAAACAUUUUUUACGCCUUUUACUCGUACAUCGAGACUCUAGAGAUUCGAGUUUAUUCUCUGGGAAUGCGAUCGCAAACGAACAAGCAUCAACUGAAAUGCGCGCGAUAAAAAAAUUCUAAUUCGAAAACGUGCAUUUCCAAACACGUGCAACACGGAAACCGGAAAUGUUGCGGAUGCGAUUGCAGGAAGCGCCGAAUAUUUUUUAGAGAAAAUCCGAAACAAUCAGCGUGAAAUUUUCCGUGUACUCAAGAAUGACGUCGACAAUAAUUUUAAUCGAUGACAUUUACAGAAUCACGUUUCUCUGAAAUUCCUGUCGGCGCUUUCUUCGUUUUAAACGCUUCCACUAUCGAGCGAUCGGCUUUCCCGGUUUGCGUUUCAAAUACCAGCGAGAUUUAUAGUUCGAUCAACGAUAGUCUACCUUGACUGUCGAUCGAUCGAAUUCCCAGAACGUUUUUCGAUUCGAUUUACUUUUUCCUGCGCGCGCAGCUACGUUUCAAGAUGGACGAUCGAUCUUUUUAGACGUAUAUGUAGUAGUACGUGGCGUAAAUGUAUGCAUUCUUGUAAAGCGUAAGAAUGCUGUUCGGAGAGCCGCGGUCGACGCGAGCCCUUCGCCACCAAGGGAACCAAAGCAAACUAAACGAUAUUUCAAAGAAACGAACAAAUCGACGGACGCGUCUUUGAACAUUUUCUCUUAGAGGUACUGAUAAUAUAGGUAGGUGGUGUGUGUGAGGAGCCGGCAUGGCAAUGGCCGCGAGUAGCAGUGCGCAUGCGCGUGCGCGCCAUUUCGUCGAAAGAAACGAAUCGACGAAACGGAAGGCAAGAAAUGAAUUUGUACAAAACUAAUGAUACACCUGCCGAUAAGUUGCGCACGAGAUGUUAACAAUCGUCCUACUAACGAUAUUCGCAUAUACGUGUGUAUAGUCGACCUUUCGUAUUCGUUUUUUCCAGCGUCUUUUUAACAAUUAUGUAUUUGUCUAUAGCGAUCUUUUUAUACUGUUGUAAAGUGGCGUUUACACCGAUCCGUAGAAUAUACGCGUAGAGGAAAUGUUCUUACCUACCUUUAAAUCGUAAUAUUGUAUUGCAGAGGGUGCACGGGACAUCGAUGCUGUCCAAAUAGUUUUUAACACACGCGUUUAGGAAGACCAAAAUUUUCUACGUUACGAGACUGACGACUACCGAUACGCGUAUGACCGACUGGUAUACACACACGAAAUGAAACGAACGACGCGAAACUCCUGAAUAACCGGUCCUUUCAAUGCCUUCCUUCGGUCUCGAUAGAUAACCUGUCCACUUCAACGUAAUCGUCGCUCGUCUCACCACUUGUAAACACUUCGUAUACCAUACACAAACGAUAUCGGCGAUUUUGAAAUGUUUCAACCGUUUAGCGAAUGGAAGAAACGCUCACUGCGCAAGAUUCGCGUUCGUAAUGGUAAAAAACGCGCGCACGUGACGUACACACGUCGACGAGCCACCUAGUAACUAAAUCGGAAAUUAAUCACCAUUGUCACGAUAACCGAAAAAUUAAAUGUUUGUUUUUCUUUUCAACUAAUCGACAAAGUCGUAGGUUUAUUAUCUUGAAAUCUUAACGUACACAAGGUUAAAGUAUGCUUGCAAAUUUUAUGGAAAUGCCGCAGAUCUAUUCCGGAACUGCGCAAUCAGUUGCUUACCAGUUGAAAACGCGCCAAAUUCGAAACGUUCAAAACGUAACGAACCUUCUUUUCAAACGAAAUUCGUAAAUCUUGCUCGACGAUGCGUUUUUAUCCGCGCUAUCGAAUUUCUGGCACAGCAUUGGCACUCACACACGCUACUCGCACCGUUUAUUUUUAUUAAGACGUUCUUAUAUCGACACGAUAAUAAAACGAUGUUCGCGCAAACAUUAUCAUCGUUUUUUAGAAGACAUAUUCGAUACACUUCGAUAAAGACUCUGAAACGACUCUGAAAUUGCGUAAUCGAAAAAGGCACGAUUCCCCUUUCCUUUGAUUAUUAACAACCGUUCCGAAAAUCAACUUCCGAUUUCGUUUAAUUUCUGUUCUUUACGUUCUUACAUUCGCUAACGACCGUGGAAUUCUCAAUAACCGAUUAUACGAACAAUGCAGUUACGACAUCCCAAUACACGCACAAUCCAAUCGAUCGAUCGGUUAUACGUGACUCUACGGUUAAUGAGAUGAAUGGAAUAAUAAAAAAUUGAAAAUGUCAAAAAUUUUAGAAAUAUCUGGACCCUAUAUUAAUUCGGGGAAACGUGCUUCUUUUCCAUUUGAAAAAACGCAUAUAUCUCGUUGAUGAAGAAAAAUAAGCAAAAAAAAAAAAAGGAAAACGAGUACAGUCGCACGGUUACGACUUUCGUUGGUCCAUUAGAAAUUUUACAGCGCUAAGAUUCAGAAACCUUGAUAUGCACAACCAACAGACACGCACACGAUAAACUGCCGUUUUUCUUUUCAAUUUCUGCCCUCUCUUUGCUUCCAACUUGUUAAAAAUUUUCAAUCCGUUUUCACGCGCAACUAUUGACGAUUAAUCAUCGAUACGAGAAAAGCGAAUUUAUGAGCAUUAGAUCAAUCCCGGUUCAGUCGUAACUAAAGGGUUGAUACCACUGUUCAAAACAUGUUAUCUCACGUUUUCAUAGAAAUGGAAAUAUUUCUCACGGAUUGUAUACAAUUUCAGAGCACGUUUUAACGGAAUCCUUGAUUUCUGUUGCACGUUGUUCAAAUUGUUCUUCAUUCGAGAAAAAGAAACGCGAUAGUUGUGCCCCUUGCAAGUUCAACAGCAAAACGUUUUUGUUAUACAAACGAGUGAAGGGUUGAUCGAUCGAGCGAUGCUACAAACCGCGAGUAUACACGUACCUGUUAUUUAUAAAUAUACAAAAUCCUUUAGAAAUUCUAACAAUCAAAUACAACAAUUUACUGGAUGAAAAAAUGUACCUUGCGUUCGUCGAUCGAUCAAAUAUUUACCGAUAAACCUACGCUCGAUACUUUGCUUCGUUUACUGAAACAAGUCGAUUAUUAAUUUUUUUUUUUCAUUCGAUGCAGUUUCGAAAAAAUGUUCACCAGAACCCUGAAAACGUUUGCGGUUUAAACGAACGGUUAAACGCGAAAACGUAUUACGAACACGUGCAUGCGGUUCCAAGAUUACAAGAAUGAGACUGGCGAAAUGGAUCGAAGGAACUGCAUGGACAAUACCGAGCUGAAAUUAGGAAGAAACUAACACGAAAGAAUUGUUGUUGUUAAUGUUGUCAGAAAUGUGUCAAAUUAAAAUAUAAGGAUUUCAAACAUCUGA